UAUUAUUAAGAAAAUGAUAAAUCCAAGUGAGUUUACUAAAGAAGAACUUGAAGGUAUCAAUAAGACCCUGGCUGAACUCUCAGAUCCAGAUGCUUUGAAAGAAGAAGUAAAGAAGAUUUUUGACAGCUACGAUGCUGAUGAGAAUGGAUACUUGGAUAGAUCAGAGCUGAAAAACUUCUUAAAUGAGAUCUCAACAAGUCUUAAGCUAAAGAUGUACAUCGACGAUACAGUAGUAGACCAUGUCUUUGGAACUAUCGACCAGGACAAGAAUCAUCAGAUCGAGCUGGAUGAGUUAGAGGAAUAUGUCAGACAAUUUGUAGAGAAAAUGCUUCCAAUUUACUCCAAAGCACUUGAAGAAUCUGGCGAAUAAUAUGGUUAAAUCGAUAAUGAAUCCUCAUAA